GUGGAGCCUAAAAGUCUGAGUGAAGAGCCUUCUGUAAAGUCGGAAUUGCGCUCAGAACAAAAGGAGGAAACAAAGAAGUCCGCUUCUGACAAUGUGCCGGAGGAGUUAGAGGCAAAAAAGAAGGACGAAAAGAAAGACGAGGCGCCAACAACCUCGACUGCAAAGGAAGAAGAGCACAAAGUGGAUCCAAACCUUGAUGUCAGCAAGUGGAAUGAGGAGGUCACGCGAGUCGUGUACAAGUAUCCUGACCGAGUGCCUAUUUUGAUGAGCAAGGCGGAUCGCAGUACACUUCCAGAGAUCGAAAAGAAGAAAUUCUUGGUGCCAAAAUGUAUGCCCUGUGGUGAGUUCUCUGCGACCAUCUCGCAGCACGUCCGCGGCGCAGCCAAUGGAACUAAAACCCCUUUGUCUGCCGAACAGACUAUUUACCUUUUCCUCACCGACAGCAAGAAGAUUCUGAAAUAUGGACAGACGGUUGGACAGGCAUGGGAUGAGCUGCGAUCUGAAGAUGGUUUUCUGCGCAUGAGCUAUACCAGCGAGAACACAUUGGGCUAA